AGCGCAGCGGCAGUUCUCAACUCUUGCAAGCUCAGUUGCAGUGCCCCGCACUACUCUUCUUCCUUCCUUCCUCUCUCUCAUCCACAACCCACUAGGCCACUACCGAUCCGCAAUUCCAAACCCCGUUGCGCGCAGGAGUAGCAGACGAGACGAAGCAGAGACAUGGCCUGGAGCCGGCUAGCCUCCAACUCCCGCCUCCGGCCCCGCCCUAUCCCCGUCGUCCCACGGCCCACGAAGCAGCCGCCGCUGCCGCAUCUGCUGGCAAGACCGACAGCGCCCUCGCCGCCGCUGCAUCGUCUCCUCCUGCCACUCUCCCCGCUCCGCUUCGCUGCCACAGCCGCAUCCCCCUCGCUGGCGCGGCUCCCCGAUGCCGACUGGCGGCGUGCGUUGGCCGGGAGGGGCAGGUGGUUCGCGAGCGAUGCCUCUGCUGCGCCGGUGCCGGCGGGGGAGGUGGCUGAGCUGGUCGAAGUGCCCUUGGCGCAGACCGGGGAAGGGAUCGCGGAGUGCGAGCUGCUGCGCUGGUUCGUCAGCGAGGGUGACCAAGUAGAUGAAUUUCAGCAGCUCUGUGAAGUACAAAGCGACAAAGCAACUAUUGAAAUAACAAGUCGUUUCAAGGGAACAGUACAUCAGAUUCACUUUGCCCCUGGUGACAUAGUAAAGGUUGGUGAAACUUUACUUAAGAUGAUUGUGGGCGACAGCCAAGUUGUAUCUCAUGAUAGUAUAUCUUCAUCCUCUGACAUUUCACUUGGAAUGGAUACUACGAGUCCCUUCGGUGAAGGCAAUGCUCCUUGUGGAUCUCUCUCCACACCAGCUGUUAGGCAUCUAGUGAAGCACUAUGGGCUUAACAUAAAUGAUAUUCAAGGGUCAGGAAAAGAUGGUAGAAUUUUGAAAGAAGACGUGUUGAAUUACGCUGCCAGCAAGGGUCUUUGCCAGGAGCCGCUAUCAGCUGUGGAAGAGAACGUUGGUCAAGUUGAGUUACCGGUGGGAGGAAAAUCAUUUCUGGAAACACAUAGUUACGAAGAUAAGAGAAUUCUGCUCAGGGGAUACCAGAGGACAAUGGUGAAAUCAAUGAGCCUGGCUGCAAAAGUACCACAUUUUCAUUAUCUGGAGGAAAUCAAAUGUGAUGCUCUUAUAGAACUUAAGGCAUUGUUUCAAAAGGAAAAUAAAGAUCAGAAUAUAAAGCACACCUUCCUUCCAUUCCUCAUUAAAUCUCUUUCUAUGGCACUGAGUAAAUACCCUUUGUUGAAUAGUUCUUUCAUUGAAGAAACGAAUGAAGUUAUUUUCAAAGGAUCCCACAACAUUGGGGUAGCUAUGGCUACAGAACAUGGGUUAGUGGUGCCAUACAUCAAGAAAGUUCAGUCACUUAAUAUAUUGGAGAUCACAAAGGAAUUGUCACGAUUACAUGAGAUGGCCUCGAACAACAGACUAAGCAGCACAGAUAUCACUGAUGGAACCAUAACGCUAAGCAACAUAGGCUCCAUCGGUGGAAAGUUUGGCUCCCCGGUUCUCAACCUGCCUGAAGUUGCCAUAAUUGCUCUAGGCCGCAUUCAGAAACUCCCUCGCUUCGAUGAUGAAGGAAACGUCUACCCUUCUUCAAUAAUCAAUGUGACUGUUGGAGCAGAUCACCGAGUUGUCGACGGUGCCACGGUUGCAAGGUUCUGCAACGAGUGGAAAUGCAUGGUGGAGAACCCAGAAAUGCUCUUGCUGCACAUGCGAUGAUUCAUUAAGAUGCCUCAUCCAAAGGACCGGUCGGUAAAAAUUCGAAAGAUUUAAGUAAGCUUAUAGAAAAACCAGCUUGCUUGAUAGGAUCAUAGGGUGUCAAUCUUAUCUGACCAAUAAUUGAUUGACAGGGCUUCUCUUCUGCAAGCCAUGUGGUCAGUCUGUGAAUAUGUGCCUUCUAAAUAAAAGCAGGAGUUAUUGGAAAAGUGUGGAAAGCCUUGUAUGUCAAAAACCAUCUGUUAGCCCAUGCCACAGUGAACUCGAAAUUUUGAAAACUUGAUUUCAGAGUUUCACAAA